AUGGACAAUCGUCAACCGACUUCCCAGGCUGAGGAGCUGAAUUCCCAGUCCAGCUCUUCAGGCCCCCCGCCUCAGCGCCCCGGCUGUAAGAGGAAGAGGUCAGUGGCGUUCAGAGCGGAGGUGGAGGGCAACACGGCCGCUGAGGCCCAGGACACCUGGGUCGUGGAGUCGCUGAGUGGGCUCAAGAUGAAGCUGAAGCGACAGUGGGUGUCUUCAGUGCUGCCUGAGCACCACGAGGCCGACAUCUGGGUUGUGGAGUCGCUGAGUGGGCUCAAGAUGAAGCUGAAGCGACAGCGGGUGUCUUCAGUGCUGCCUGAGCACCACAAGGUCUUCAAGUGGAUGCUUGAGGAUCCCGUCGUUAAGAAAUUCCUCGCCUGGGACAAAAACCUGGAAGUAUCUGACAAGUAUCUCCUGUCGAUGGUGAUAGCGUAUUUCAGCCGGGCCGGGCUCUUCUCCUGGCAAUUCCAGAGAAUCCAUUUCUUCAUAGCUCUCUAUGUGGCCAGCGACAUGGAAGAGAACAACCAGGCCCCCAAGCAGGCCAUCGUUUCGUUCCUCUAUGGAAAGAACAGCUCCCAGCAUGCCUUGUUCCACAAACUGCGUUCCCAGUUCAUCCGUUUCAUGGGCUGGAAGGCAUGGGUCACUCGGGAAGAGUGCGAGCAGAUCCAGGCUUUUGAUCCAGAGCUCUGGGUGUGGGGAAGAGAUCGCGCCCUCUUGCCCCAGAGGCCCCAGGACCACGCAGGCCUGAGGUCAUCGGCCUGCGCAAAGGUAGGUCUGCGUGCGCAAAGGUGCGGGUGGAAUGACGUGUUGUCUACUGAGGAAAUCGGAGGAAUCCCACUGCUAGACCCACAUCACCUCUCACGCUGUGAAGGGGGCCAGCCAGGCACACAGCCACAUGCCGACUCUGCGCCAGCCACGGACUGA